ACUGGACUCGGUAAGGAGGCUGGGGGUGGGAAAGAAGCUGGGGAGGAAGGGCUGCUGAGCUGGGCAGCGGAGGGGGCAUUGGUGUCCAGCUGUGCUCCGAACCUCGAGGGCAACAAAACUAUCAGUACCUGCCUCCACUCCCUCUGUCUGGGUGCUCUUGAGAUCGCGGGGUGUUGCCACAAGACCCUUUUGUGCCUGGAUGUCGGACGUAUCUUCCUACCUAAUGUGCCCGUGGGGAGUGAGGGGUCAUCACCUGCACCAACGGGUGGCAUUUCUGUAUUACAGCAAAAGGCUGUCCCUCCCAAACCUGGGAUUCUGGGUUGACUGAGUUCACCUACGAGUCAGCACUACCUGCACUGCUCUGGUCUAGUACAAACAGGCUGCUGGCAUUGAGGCCGUUUGCCCCAGGCAUUGUUCUCUAUGGUGGAUGAAGUUCAGAAUGGAAGAUGGGAGAGAGGUCUGCUACAAUGCUGCUGCUGCACAGAGCUGUGGUCCUCAGGCUCCAACAGGCCUGCAGACUCAAAUCAAUCCCCUCAAGGAUCUACAUUCAGGCCUGCUCCACAAAUGAUUCAUUUCGGCCCCAGUACCCCAGCCUUACCUUCUCUGGUGAUAACUCCAGCACCCGGGGAUGGAAAGUCAUGGGAACCCUAUUAGGUCUCGGUGCAGUGUUGGCCUAUCAGGACCAUCGGUGCAGGGCUGCUCAGGAGUCAACACGCAUAUACACUAAGGAGGAAGUAAGUUCCCACACCAGCCCUGAGACUGGGAUCUGGGUGACUCUGGGCUCUGAGGUCUUUGAUGUCACAGAAUUUGUGGACCUACAUCCAGGGGGGCCUUCAAAGCUGAUGCUAGCAGCUGGGGGUCCCCUAGAGCCCUUCUGGGCCCUCUAUGCUGUUCACAACCAGUCCCACGUGCGUGAGUUACUGGCUCAGUACAAGAUUGGGGAGCUGAACCCCGAAGACAAAGUAGCCCCCACCGUGGAGACCUCUGACCCUUAUGCUGAUGAUCCUGUACGUCACCCAGCCCUGAAGGUCAACAGCCAGCGCCCCUUUAAUGCAGAGCCCCCGCCUGAGCUGCUGACAGAAAACUACAUCACACCCAACCCUAUUUUCUUCACCCGGAACCAUCUGCCUGUACCUAACCUGGAUCCAGACACCUAUCGCUUACAUAUAGAAGGAGCACCUGGGGGUCAGUCACUGUCCCUUUCCCUGGAUGACUUGCACAACUUUCCCAAGUACGAGAUCACAGUCACUCUGCAGUGUGCCGGCAACCGGCGCUCUGAGAUGACUCAGGUCAAAGAAGUAAAAGGUCUGGAGUGGAGGACAGGAGCCAUCAGCACUGCACGUUGGGCUGGGGCACGGCUUUGUGAUGUGUUAGCCCAGGCUGGCCACCAACUCUGUGAAACUGAGGCCCACGUCUGCUUUGAGGGACUGGACUCAGACCCUACUGGGACUGCCUAUGGAGCAUCCAUCCCUCUGGCUCGGGCCAUGGACCCUGAAGCUGAGGUCCUGCUGGCAUAUGAGAUGAAUGGGCAGCCUCUGCCACGUGACCACGGCUUCCCUGUGCGUGUGGUGGUUCCUGGAGUGGUGGGUGCCCGCCAUGUCAAAUGGCUGGGCAGAGUGAGUGUGCAGCCAGAGGAAAGUUACAGCCACUGGCAACGGCGGGAUUACAAAGGCUUCUCUCCAUCUGUGGACUGGGACACUGUAGAUUUUGACUCUGCUCCAUCCAUUCAGGAACUUCCUGUCCAGUCGGCCAUCACAGAGCCCCGGGAUGGAGAGACUGUAGAAUCAGGGGAGGUGACCAUCAAGGGUUAUGCAUGGAGUGGUGGUGGCAGAGCUGUGAUCCGGGUGGAUGUGUCUCUGGAUGGGGGCCUAACCUGGCAGGUGGCUAAGCUGGAUGGAGAGGAACAGCGCCCCAGAAAGGCCUGGGCAUGGCGUCUGUGGCAGUUGCAAGCCCCUGUGCCAGCUGGACAAAAGGAACUGAACAUUGUUUGUAAGGCUGUGGAUGAUGGCUACAAUGUGCAGCCAGACACUGUGGCCCCAAUCUGGAACCUGCGAGGUGUCCUCAGCAAUGCCUGGCAUCGUGUCCAUGUCUUUGUCGCCCCAUGAGCAUGGAAAAGAGCCACCUCAACCCCUUUCCCCACCCAUUAGCCUCACUGCUUCAGAAAAAUCUUUCCCACCCCUCAACUUCUUGGAUCACAACUCUGGCUUCCUAAGCCAUACCCAAGUACACAUAUAGCACAUUUCACCCAGGGUCCCUCCCUCUUUGGACACUAUGUUACAUAUCCCUCUUGGCCUUUGAACCUGUGCCAGGAAAUGUGAGCUGUUACAGCAAGGGGCUAGAAGUGAGAUAAGUAAUUCUGGAGACAAGCACUAUUUUGUUUUUGUACCCCACCUCCGUUUCUAAUGCCUACUGCCAUCAAGGCCUUGUUUUACUUUUCUUUUUGGAUUCAGAGAAAUGUGUGUGGCAUGUGUAAGAAAAGUGUAUAUGCUAUUAUCUCUCCAGGUUGCAAAGUUGUGAGGAGAGCAAGGGGCACAACCAUCUCCCUUUACAGUUCUACUUUUCUAAUAAAUAGUCUGUUUAAGAUCAU